AUGUCUAACUUCAAAGUAAUCAUCGUCGGCGGCGGGCCCGUAGGCCUCAUAGCAGGCCAUUGUUUCUCCCGAGCAGGCAUCGACUUCAAGAUCCUCGAGCGUCGAGAGGCACUGGACCUCAACGCCGGCUCAUCCGUGGCCUUAUGGCCACAAAGCGCCAGAGUCCUUGACCAGCUGGGCCUCUUAGACGGAGCUAUGGCGGCCUAUAUUCCGGUGAAGUACAAGUGCAACUUGCUUCCGGAUCGGAGGGUGUUGAGCAAGUGCGAUAUGAAUGCGGCUAUUCAGAAACUACACGGACACCACUGGAUGCUUUUCCACCGGGCCAAGCUUCUCGAGAUUCUUUACGAUCGCCUCCCUGACAGAGAGAACAAAGUCCAAACCCAGAAGGAAGUUACAGGCAUCUUCAAGCAUGAGACGGGAGUCACGGUCAUCUGCGCCGAUGGGACCAAACAUCAAGGGUCUAUCGUGCUCGGAGCGGAUGGCGUUUACAGCGCCGUUCGGAGACUGAUGAACGAGUCUGUCAUAAAUAAAGACCAUGACCAGCUCCUCCCCCCAGGUCUAAAAUCCACUUACAGAGGCAUCUACGGCCACGUCCUCCUCUCCCCCAGCUCCCACCCCUUCCCUCUCCUAACCCCGGAAACCCUCUACGAAACCCACGGCCCGCACUUCACCUUCCAACUAAUCGUCGGCCCUCCCUCCUGCAACAUGCUCUUCUUCUUCUUCUGCGCCCGCCUUCCCUCCUCUACCCCUACCAAAGGCACCACCAGAAAAAGAACACACUACACCCCCCACGACGCACACUCCUUCGUUACCUCCCUAUCCCAUCACCACCCAACUCCCGAUUACACAGUCCAAGACAUCUGGUCACAAGUCACCUGGUCGCACAUGUCUGAUUUGGAGGAGGGAGUGAUAGAGGGGGAUUGGUACGACACAAGAGAUGGGAGGAUAGUGCUGGCGGGUGAUGCGGCGCAUAAGAUGACGCCGAAUGCGGGGCUGGGGUUGAAUGAGGGGGUGCAGGAUGUUGUUGGGUUGGUUAAUGGGGUUUGCUCUAUGCUGGAUGAUAUCAGAGCUAGGGCAAGGAAAAGGCCGAUGAUGGUUCAACCAAGUUCGGAAGACUUGGUCGAGACCUUCCGCGCCUACCAAUCCCUCCGCCGCCCUCGCGCCGCAAAAGUCGUUGGCCUCUCAGCUCUCUGGACAAGAAUGGUUGCCUGGGAUAACUGGGCUUGGAGGGCGCUGGACAAAUGGGUGACACUGGCGCCGGAGAUGCUCAAGGUCAAUGUUGAUAGGACGGGGUUAAAGUGGUUGAUGAGUCCCGUGGUGGCGGGCGGGUUGGUGUUGAAGCUGAAGGGGAUGAAGGAAAGGGGGUUCAGGGAGGGGACGGUCAAGUGGAAAGAGGGAGUUCCGGUCAGGAGGAAGGAGAUCGGGAACUGGAUGCCUCGGAUGGAGACCGGGAGGGAGGCACGGGGGUGGGCUGGAUGGUUAGUGCAGGUAAAGGGAAGGGGAAGGUGGAUACUUGGGAGGCGGACUAUAGAGGGGAAGAAGGUGAAAGGGAAGCGAGGUGCGUGGGUUUGAGGUGAUGGAAGGAAGAGAAGGUGCAAAGCGCAGAUGAUAGUAGACUCGGCUUGGGAAGGCGAGCGUUACGAUGAUCGAAGAGUCAGAUGGGAAUGAUCAUUGAUCAUGUGUUUGCAGACCGGACGGUGAUGGCGAUGGGAAACCGGGGCGUUUAGAUGAAUGUUCUAUAGGAUUGUCAAGUUGGUUAGAGGCAUUCCAAAUAUAAAGAAGCAAGUACUAUAUAUAAACGACAUCCUUG